UUCCAAGUCAAAAAUCAGGCUGAGAAGAUUCCUGAUUUCAGGGACAGGAAAUUUGUGGCAGAAUUCUGCAUUUGAGAAUUUUCAAAAAUAAAAGUGAAUUAAAUUGUUUGAUUUUGUGAAUUUUCCAGAAAUUGACGUGCAUUUUUAUAACAAUUUUCGUAACCCAGAAACGAAGACGAAAACAACAAAAAGAGCGAGAAUUUUACUUGGUUCCGCAUUAAAGUGUUAAAAAAAAACUAUUUUAAUACGAAACAACUUUUGGAUUAUUCGCGAAAUUUUUGCAUUUUGGAAUACUUCAACACCCCCUAUACGGCAACCCCCUUUGGAUAUUCCAGCGAACAAAAUCAAUAUACAUACACUGAAGCAGCAGAUGCCUAAGAAAUCGGGAUAUAUAUUUUAUAGGCGUUGACAUGUUCAAAGCCAACGAGGAACGCUUCGCUUUACAUAUCGUUAAACACUAGCCAAAAGUGAGGGAGUUGCCACAGACCAAACCCCUUCACUCCAAACAGACCAAGUCUGCUGCAUCAUGGAUCUGCCCUCGAUGGUGCAGCGUUCCGGGGACACUCUGAUCGUGCGCAGCGUUGUCAGCGGCAAUCAGCUGUACGCCGAGCAGGGCGGCCACAAUCCAAAUGGAAACCAAAACAGUGCCACAUCGGGCUCCUCCUCCUCACUGCUGGAGCGGCAUGUGGAGAGAUAUCGGCUGCAACAUUUGCUGCAGCAGCAACAGCAGGCGGCAGCUGCCGCAGCGGCAGUCGUGAGCAGCGUGCAGCAGCAGCAACAGCAGCAACAUCAACAGCAGCAGCAGCAGCAACAGGCAGUCAUCUCUAUGGAUGCCAAGGAGGAGGGACUGCCACAGUGCAAAAUCAAGCGGAAUUAUAGCUGCAACCACUGCGCCUACUUCACACAGAACCCGCGCUACCAUCUCACGCAUCUGAGGGAUGUGCACGGCGAGAAGAUCGUCAUCAACAAGUGCAAACUGUGCCUGUAUGCCUCGCGACACUUCCAGAAGCUGGUGCGGCACAUGAAGAUGGUGCACGGCUGCACCGACGGCAUACCCAGUGGCCAUGGACAGGCGCGGGGCAAGCGCGGCAUGAGCCGAGAGGCGCGCAAGCGUCGCCUGGAGGAGAGCGUGGGCGUGAUGGGUGGCAGCCAUGUGGGUGGACAGGGCCUGACGGUGAGCGUUCCGGAUGUGCCCACAUUGGAGCAGGUGAAGCGGGAGCUGCAGCUGCAGGAGGAGAAGUUGCAGCGCGACAUCGAGGCCUUCAAUCAGCGGCAGCGCGAGGAGCAGCAGCAAAUGGAGCAACAGCUGGAGCUGGCCAACAGCUACGAGCGCCAGAUGCAGAUGCAGGUGCUGCGAGAGUUUGAGCGCCAGUCGCCGCCGGAGCCACCGACACCCUCGCCAAGUGGAUCGGCCACGCCGCCCUCCAACUGCGAGGAGCCACAGAAUCGCCUGCUCAAGUGCAGCGCCUGCGAGUUCACGACCCUGUACCGCACCCAGCUGCGGGCCCACGAGCUGGCCGAGCAUGGGAAGACCAAGUUCUUUCGCUGCGACAAGUGCAGCUAUGUGACGCACAUCAAGGCGCGCUUCAGCAAGCACGUGAAGUACCAUUCGAUGCCCAUGAUCAAGUGCGUCACCUGCGAUUUCCGCACCCCCUACAAGUGGAAUCUCGAUCGACACAUGAAGAACCAUGGCGGUGCGGGCGCCUUCAAGUGUGCCGCCUGCGAUUUCACAGCGGACAUCAAGCAGUCGCUGACAGUGCACGAGAUGAACCAUCAUGUGCCGCCCGUGGGCAAUGCUGGUUCCAUUUGGCCCAGGCGCCAAAACAAGGUCGGUGCCAGCGAGAUGUGCGAUGAUUUUCUCAGCGACUCUGCCGAGCUGGAGGAUCAGUACAAUAACAAUAAUGUUGAUGAUGAUCUGCUGGAUGCUGGCAUGGAGGAUCCCGACGAGGUGCUUAGCGGCGAGGAGCUGCAUCAUUAUGGCAAGCGCAGCAAGUACGAUGACGAAGAGGAGCCCACGGAUCUGUCGCAGAAGGGCGGCUGCUCGUCGGACACCUCCAGUGUGGGCACAGCGACGCCCAACAGGUCCCAGCGACCAGUGCCAAAUCUCAUACCCAUCAGCAAGGGUCCCAAGGACGUUUUGAAUCUUUCCAAGGACACGAAUGCAUCGCGCAGCACCCUCACAGAGAUUGCCUCCAUGUUCUUCAAUGAGAAGCAAAUCUCCGAGAUGCUGGACAAAUCCGAUGUGCCCCAACUGUCGCCAGCGACGACUGUCACCUCGCAGGCCUCGUCCCGCAGCCAGCCGACCAAAAAGACCAGCUCCAGCUUCCUGGACAAGCUGAAGACCGGCGCCCAGCACGAGAAUCUCAUCUGCCAGUGCGGCCAUGUGGCCAAGUGCCUGUCCGAGUCGAUCAUCCAUGGCAAGAGCUGCCAUGCCUCGGCCGUGAUCAUUGCCGACGAUGACGAUGCGGCCCUGCACGAGGAUGAUGCUGAUGAUCGCCUUGAGAUCGAUGAGGACGAUGAGGAUCAUCACUCCCAUUCGGCAUUGAAUCUAAGUGUGACGGGAUCAACGCGUUGCCAGCAUUGCCGCCAUCGCUGCAAGUCCUCCAACGAUCUGCUGCACCAUCUGACGCAGUGCGUCGAGGCCAUACGCUGUGCCAACGAGAUGUACGACUCCAAUUCCGGCGAAAGCAGCGAGCAGCGUCGCUCCGACUCGCACCACUCCCUUCAGCAGCAGGCGGCCGUCCAGCAACAGCGUGUCUGCAUUUGGAACAAGGCGGCCAAGGAGAUUGCUGCCGCCGCCGCAGCGGCUGUUCAUCAGGAGAACAGCAACAACAACAAGUCACCGGCCAAUAGCCAGGGGACCAACAACGAGGAGAACAGCUACUACGGCGUGGAGACGGCACCCGGCUACGGCGAGGUAACCAAAAAGAUGACACCUGAAGAAGAGGCCGCCAACUCGUCCCUGAAGAAGGUCUACAAGUGUCCGCACUGUAGCUUUUGGGCCUCGACAGCCUCCCGCUUCCAUGUGCACAUUGUGGGGCAUCUGAACAAGAAGCCCUUUGAGUGCUCCCUCUGCUCAUACCGCUCGAACUGGCGCUGGGACAUCACCAAGCACAUCCGCCUGAAGACCAUCCGUGAUCCCUCGCACAAGACGGCCAAAGUGCUGAUGAACGAUGAGACCGGACGGCGGAACUACACCAAGUACAACAAGUACAUAACCCUCAUGAAGGUGACGGAGGAGGAUGGAGAUCCCAAGCUGAUGAAAUCCGGCGAGAUGACACCCAAUCAGGUGGCCUCGCUGGCCUUCCUCAAGGACUAUGCAAAGGUGGGCAGUGGCUCCGGCCAGGAUAUAACCUUGGAGCCGGUGCUGUCCAGCAAACCGAAUGCACUGGACGAUGCCCAUCUGGCGGACAACCUGAUACGCAUACCCCUGCUGGCGACCAUCAUGAAUGCGGCCAUGUCCCAGCAGCAGCACCAGCAACAUCAGCAGCACAAGGAGCAGCAGCACAUUACGCCCUCGGUGACUAUUUCGCCGGUGAAGCGGUCAAAUCAGGCGCCGCCCAGCAAGCCCAGCGAUGAUCUCAUCACUGAGGUGCACCAGGAGGGCAACGAGAAGCGCACCGUCUACAGAUGCCGCAAGUGCAACUUUGGUCAUCACAAUCGCGAUGCAGUGCUGGCUCACGUGAAGAUCCACUACCAGGAUGCCAGCUAUCCAAAGUCCGCCGGCGCUGGGUCCGCUUCCGGCACCUCGCCGCUGCAGGUGUCCGUCAGCACGAAUCCGCAGUACUACAUGAACAAAGUAUUUGCUGCCAUGUGCCUGGGACAGUCAUCGCCCACAUCGAAUGCGACAAAUCCCGGCACUGGCGGCAGCUCUGGCAGCCAACAACAUUCCCUUAUAUCGGCAGGACUGCUGCAGCGGGCCAUACAGGAGGCCCAGCACUCACCGACACCGAAUGCCAGCGCUCUGAGUGGCCUAGCCUUGGCCCUGGCUGGCGGCAAGUCUGCUGCCAAUACGACGAAAGCCAGUGCCGCCUCCAUUUUAGAGCACGGUGAGCAGAAAGCGAGUCAAAACGAGGCAAGUGCCGACAGUCUGACGUCGCCUACCACCACCACCACCACGAAUAACAACACCACAACAAAAGAACAAAAAGCCGGCAUGGCGAGCAGUGGUGGCAGAUCGUUACAGGAUCUGUUGACAUCACCGCGCACCAGAAAUGGUGGUCAUGCUGGUCACCAUGGUGCUGGAACAGCCACUGGAGGGCUGCAAACAUCUAAUCAUCCUAAUGCUAACAGUAACAACUCCUCCUCGGUUGUGGUAAUGGGCACCGGUACCGGUACAGGACACAGGCUGGAUGCAAACUCCUCCUCCUGCAACAACAUCUACGUCGCAUCAUCCACCACACCCACUGCCACUGCCACUGGCACAGCCACAGCCAACAACCACAAGAAUGCAUCGCCUACUAUGCCAGUAACUACCACUCCUACUCCUAUUUCUACUUCAACAACAACAACUUCCUCUUCUUUUCCCACUGGUGCAAAGUCUCAUCUUCAUGUGGCUCAUCAUUUGGGUUCGGGUAACACUCAUCCACAUCCACAUCCACAUCCAAAUAACCAACAAACAAAACAAAACCACAUCGCCGGUGAUGGUUACCAUCUCCACAUGGCCCCACAUCUGCAUACUAAUCCCGCCAAGUCCUUCCCACCAUCCGCCUCCGUUUCCGCCUCUUCGUCGUCGUCGUCGUCAUCGUCCUCGUUGUCGUCAGCGGCAUCGUCGUCGUCCUCAUCAGCAUCACAGGCUGCCUCGCCACACGCAUCGCCGCCAUCGUCGUCGUCGUCAUCGUCGUACCUGGCGAUGCCACAGGCGGCCAGUGCCCUGCAGCCGCACUCACAGUCGCUGUCGCAGUCACAGUCGCAAUCGCAAUCGCAAACGCGCUUCCAAAGCCAUAGUCCAGGUAGUCCCAGUCUCCUGACGAUGGCCGAUGGCGAUCGACGCGAUCCGUCGCCAUAUCGCUGUGGCCACUGCCAUCAGGUGUCGAAUUGGAAGCAUGUGAUCCAGCGGCACUGUCGCUUAAAGCAUUCCGGGGAUAUUCGGAUCGAGACCCUUGAGCGUGGCGGCAGCGCACCGGCCAUCUAUCGGCCGUUGGGCGCCGGUGCCAGCAAUGAAUCCCAGUCCCACAUCAACAGCACCACCAAUAGCCACACAUCGACAUCCAGCCUCAACAUUCUCAACAGCAAACUCGGAAAUGGCAACGGCAAUGGCUGCUCCAACAACUCCGCCAGUGCCCAACAGCUGCUGAUGAGCUCCAAGCAAUUGGAGCAGCUGCUGCACUCUCCACUCUCUGCAGGCGCUGCGGCUGUGGUGAAUGCUGCCAAUACGCAGCAGGAUCUUCAGGCGGUGGCCGCUUACUGGGCUGCAGCCUGCAAGGCAGCCGUGGCCAAUGGGGAGGAGCUGCUGCAGCUGCAGCAGAACGAUCAAAUAGAGAUCACGCGGCUGCCAUCUGCGGCCAACCAGGAGCACCAGAGCAACCAGAGCAACACCAAGAGCAAGCAGCAAAAGUGUCCCGUGUGUCCGUACAUCUCGGAGAGCAAGUCCCAGAUGAACUAUCACGUCUCCCUGCACAAGCCCACGCAGUACGAGUGCCGGCUGUGCACCUUUGUGUGCGCCAAGAAGCAGCACCUGAGCAGCCACAUGAGGAGCGUGCAUCAGCAGCAGCUGGCAGUGGGUGGCACAGGCGCAGCAGGCACAGGAGGAGCCUCCUCCUUGGGCCUGGACUUUAGUGUGGCCCUCCAGCUGGCGGCGGCGGCCAAACAGGUCCAACAGCUUCCCGCCUCCACGCCGCUCUCCAUCGACUUGAGUCAACUGCAGCUGGAUGCGGCCUCGGAUGCGGACAUGAAUCCGCAGCAGCUGCCGCCAGAGUACCAGUACAAGCUGAUCAGCUACUGUCCGCGCUGUCCCGCCCGCUUUGCCCAGAAGCACAACGACGAGCGGCAGGGCAAGCAGGAGCUGGAGCAGCACCUGACCGCCCAUGCGGCCGCCAAUGAUACAGAGACGGAAGAUCUUUAUGUGUGCACCUACUGCGGCUACCGCACAGGAGAGGAGACGCUGCUGCAGCUGCAUCGGGCCGUGCACAUGUCGCACUACCAGGAGAAGUGCCAGCAGCUGUACAAGAACUGCAAGGAGGAUGUCGAGUUCCCCGCGCCGAAGCUCAUGCAGAUCACGGGACCCGAGACCAUCUGGGUGGUGGACAGCGAGCUGAGUGUCCAGCUGCUGCAGCAGCAGGCGGCGGGUGGCGUUAGUUCUUCGACCAGCGCUGCCGGCAGCUUCAGUGGCCAGAACUCGCUGCUCAAGAAGCAGCUGGAGUCGGGCAGUGGCCUGGAGAGGGCCAUCGAACGCGAGUCUACGCCUCAGCCCAAGCCGCAAGAGGCGGAAGCCGAGGCGGAGGAGGAUGAGGAGCGUCGCAGCAGCUCCACGCCAUCGACGAGUGCCUCGGUGGCCACCAGUGAUCUGGCUGCAGAUGUCAGCAGUGACGCCGGCUCCAUGGAUAUGCCACAGUCGGCCUCGGCGCCCGAGCGCUGUCUCCACUGUCCGUUCGAGACGCAGAAGCAUGAGGAGCUGCAGCAGCAUCUGCCGCAUCAUGGCGUCGUCCAGGCAGCCCCAGAAGGUGCACAUUUGUGUGCCCAUUGCGACUACCAUACCGCCACGGAGGCGGAGAUCGAGGAGCACACAGUGGUGCAUUUCAAUGCCAGCGAGAAGCUCAAGUCAGUGGAGUUUUACACGUGCUACGACAACCUCGAGAUCAGCAUGGAGCAGGAGUCGGAGGAGCCCACCAAGCAGCACACCGAGAACAACAACAACCAGGACAAUGUGAUCAAUGCCAACAUGCAGGAGCAGCAGCAGGAGCAAAGCGAUGCAGAGCAUCUGGAUGGGGACCUGGACGAGCAGCCGCCAGCCAAGAAACACAGCACAAAGAUCAUUCUGUACAAGAGCGAUGGAGCGUUGAGUGUGAAGCCAUCGCCUGAGGAGCAAUCCGCAGCAGAGUCGCAGAGUCGUAGCGAGAAUAUCAGCGAUCGUCUGCGUCGUCGCAUACUACGGGGCAGUGCCCCAACAGCGCCCGAGGAGUGCCAGGAGCAGCGGCCAACGACGCCGGAAAAAAUGAUUCUGGUCAACCCCAAGACGGGCAAAGUCAUUUCCAGGAAGUAGAAAGGAAUCAACCCACGCCCCCAACCCCUUUAGAUGAUACGAUUACGAUUUUUGAUUACGUUUAAAAUAUUAUUUUCAUUUUGGUAUUGUUAAAGUUUUUGUUGUUGCUUUUGUUUAGUUUAUUUUUCUUCGGGUUUCUGUUGAGGUUGGGAUUUGUUUUGGACACACCGAUUAUGGUUAUAUUAUGACACUAACACACACACACCGAUACACCCUGUACAAUAGUUGGAACAUGUUCCUGCACUUAAAAAAACUUUGAUUUAGAUCCUAAGUUAUCCCUAGUUAUACAUACGACACGAGAAUACCCCAACUAUGAGAAUAUUUCUUCUGUUAUCUUACGGGCAGACCCGCCAAUUCAUAUAUUUAUCAACGGCAACAAUUUCGAAUAAUUCUUUGGGGAUCUGCCUCGAUUUUUCUUAUUAUUUCUAUGAUUAUGAUUAGGAUUAAGUUCUAGAACGGUGCAAAAUGUAAUAUAACUUAAUACAUAAAUUAUCAAAACGGAAAAGGAGAGAAACCCAUAAACGUUUUUAAUCGCAUAAGCAUAGAGAUAUUGUACAUUUAUAAGAUAAAUACCCCCCAACAAAGAGCAAGAUCCAAAAGCGUUUCAAAGAAAUCAAAAAAUCUGUAUAGGAAAUACUGAAAAGAAAUUUAUAAAAGAAAAACUAUUCAAAAUUAAGUCUUGCUGGAACAUUAUUUUGUUGAAUAUAAUUUUUUUUUUUUUUCUGAAUGGGAACUGUGAUUAUUGAUAAUUGUAAAAAAAAAAUAGAAGAGGAAUGCAAGAGCGUAUAUCAUGCAAUGAAUAUGGUACUAUAUACAUACUAUAUAAAUCUAAAAACCUAUACAUAUAUAUAUAUUUACAUACUGCUGCUACAAUACAAUGCAAAUGCAAGUACAUAAUUCAAAUAUCAAAUUGAAGAAAAUGGUAAAAAUUGUUGCAAUAUUUGCAAUUUUAUUUUGUACAAGCAAGCAGGCAGCAAAAAUGGUUACAUUUUAGGAAUUUAGUUCGCAUGACUCUAAAAUAGUUUUUGUUUUAUGACUAUAAUUGUAAAUUAGAACUUUUUAUUUGAACAGAAACAAUGUAAGAAACAAACAAACAAAACAAAAUGUUAUCAUAAACUUUAAGCAAAUGAAAAGAACACUUGUGGAAUAGCGGGGCCAUAUUUAAAUAGUUUAACGAGUAACAAACAACAUUUAAACAAAAGCAAAUCAAAAAAGUAAAUAAAAUAGAGACAAAAGAGUAUACAGAAGUAACUUACACUUGGAUAUAAAACUGCAACCGCCUUUGAUAUGCAUAUAUACAUCUAUAUAUAGGGUAUAUCUAUAUCUAUACACACAAUAUACAUACAUACUAUAUGAUAAAAAUAGUCCUUAACAUUAAAAGUACACUUAAAAUGAAAAUAGUUUAAUUAAAUUAGUUUUGUUUACUACGCGCACACACCCACACCUACACAGAUUUAUGGCAUCAAAUUCAAAAUGAGAAAAAAAUGUACAAAAACAACAAUUGUUAAUAAAGAAAUCAAAUU